AUGACAGAGCAGCAUCUCUAUUUGCCAAACCAGCACCUCUCUUCCAAUCAGUCGUUCCCUCACAUAUCCUCUCGAGCGUACGUUACAGUGUUCUCACGGCGUCAACUUCAGCGGAGAGUGAGACUGAUGAAUAGGACCCUACCACGAGUACAUCGCAAGUGGGAAGCUCCAUCUUUCACUGGGGUUCUUCUACCUCCACCUCGCUCAACCUCGACGCAUAUUCUCUGGUCGGGACCGGCAACGGCUGCAGCUACGCCUACAUACCACGCCAUCGUCAACCCGCCCCUGACUGGACACCGGGACAUCCAGAUGGAAGCUCUGGACCUCUCAAACGCCCUGGUUAAGGAUAGGCUGCGCAAGGUGAUUGAGCUUGACGAGAUUCAGAACACGAGGGAGGAGGCCAUGGCCUGGAUGCGUGAUUCGUACCAUGAGUACAUCCGCCUCCAGCCGCCUGGAGUGCGUAGCGUCAUCGACGCGUGGCCGUCAGUCAACAAGAUGCGCUACAUCGGUCACAUCUUCGUGUACGCCCUCGAGGACCUGACAUGUGUCAUUGUCUCAGCAGCUGGGGGCAGUGCCACUCGCGACAUCAGGCCUCGUGAUAUCAUCAAUCACCUCCUGACGUAUCCCCUCCAGCCUCCCUACGCCGAGUACACCACAAGUGGCCAGCUCUCUUCUGACCGUCCUCGUCCCGUGUCUCUUCCCCGCCCAGACGGGAAGCACGGCACUUUCCUCGACCUCGCCGACCCCACCAUUCGGCAUCUACUGCACUUGAUCUUGAGCAGCGGCUGGAAGCUUGCAUACGCUUACUUAGCCGACCUGCGUGAUCUGCUGCUGAAGUGGGCCGGCAACAUGGAGAAGAUUGAGCGCGCUGGCCUCCGCCCCAAGGACAAGCAAAAGAAGCUCGACGAUGAGAAGUCCCGCGUGGUUUCGAUCAUCUCGAGCACGCUCGUCCACCUGCUCGGUCGUCCUGGGUCUAGCGCCUUCGACGACAACACCUUUGUGAGCAAGCACGGAGCCUACAAGCAGAACUUCUUGCGGCAUCUCCUCAUCCGAGCCGAAAUGUGCGACUACGAAGUGCACCCGCGCUUCGACAACAUCCCCAUGGCCACGCUGCCUGUUCCCCUCCCCGAAGCCGAUCCCGGCAGGGAGGCUCUCCAGCUCGCCCCUCUGCACCCCACCAAGAAGAAACUGUCCAACUCCAUGGAGAACCUGGCUCGAGUAUUGUCGGACAUCAAGGCCUACGCCGUGGCAGCCGGUGCCGACGAGCACGACGCGCGCCUCGAGAAGGAGAUUGGUUUUCUGAUCUGUGAUCUGGAGAGCGGAGACCCCGAUGCAAUCGUGGACGCCAUUUGCGACCACCUUGCCGAGGUGACUGUGGCGGCCGGCUGCUACGCCUCUCUUGCAGCCGCACACCGCGACCUGGCUGUGUUUAAGGACAUCUACCUGGACCACCUCUCGCCUCGUGCUCUGAAGACACUUCACAUCGGGUACACGCAUCAGAUCGACGUUACGGUCGAGUACCUGCGCGCCGUCGAGGCCAUUAUCGACGACGCUCCGAUCGCCUUCGAGGAGAGGACCGAGCUUAUCUAUUUCAAGUUCAUCGAUGUCGACAACGUGCUCCCCGAGGUGGUUGACAUUUCCCAGCGACCCGAGGUGAGGAGGUGGGCUGAGCAGGCUUUGGACAGGAGCCAGCCAACUGAGGAGACGGAGAAGCUGUUCCGUGCGCUCUGGGGCGAGAACGUCCCCUUCGAGCUCUACUCCCCUACCGCUCGCGUGUAUCAGGCUCGACGUUCUGGCUCUCGCAUGCAAGCCCUCCUCUCGUCAAUCGUUCUGCUGGCGAGCCGCGGUGUCUCCGGACACAAGCCAGUGUACUACGCCCUCCACCGCCAGACGGACGCCUCGGUCAAGCGCCGCCGACUGGAGCAGCAUGAUAUCACUCUCGAAUACCUCAAGGCAAUCGAGCUCAUUGGCCCUCACGACCAGCCGAUGGGCUUUGGUGACCGCGACGAAGUCAUCUACUUCAAGACGCUCGACACCUCGAACGUGCUGGAGGCGGUGCAGGACGGCUCGCAGCGGCCCGAGAACAUCCAGGGGGCACGCGCGGCCUUUGAUCGCCCCCACUGCGACCAAGACGCGCAAGACCUCCUCGACUGUGUCUGGGACGGUCAAGUUUCUUUCAAGGUUUACGAUCCCGACGCGCUCGUCUACCACGUGGGGCGGAAGCAGGGUAACCGAUUGAGCUCGCGCGACCGACUCGACGAGCUGGGGCUCAGCUACAAAACGGCGGCCAACCAGUCGCUCUGGUUGUCGAGUCGGGGCUUCGCCAACGUCAAGCCGACUUACUUCGCGCUCCUGAAGCAGACCGCUGCUUCUAUCAAGAAGCGACGCCUUGAACAAGGGACGAGGAGGAUGAGGAUAGGCAAGCGCGUCGCGCAGAUCCCCGGCGGGAUCGAGGAGCUGUUCGAGUCGAUGACUCCGAGGCCCCAAAAAUCAGUAGCUCUAAGGCCUGAAGCUCACCUCGAGAGGUUCUGGGCUCCUCAGCAGCCUUCGGAGGUUGUCUUCCCUACGUACUGCCUUUCGACACCAUAG